AUGUCAUCUAUUUCGAAUUCACGUUUUCAAGAGAUUCAAUGGGUACUCACCAUCCGUCAAACUCUGGAAGAAGAGAUUGAAGAUGGUGAUGAACACCCUGUGUGUAUUUUCAAUGUCCCCAAACUCUUAAUGCAUAACAACCCCAGUUCUUACACCCCACAGCAACUUGCCCUUGGUCCUUACCAUUACUGGCGUCCUGAACUCUUUGAGAUGGAAAGGUAUAAAAUAUCUGCAGCAAAAAGGGUUCGGGAACAUCUUCAGAAGCUAGAGUUUCAUAAUCUUGUUGAGCAGUUGAUAAACCUGGAACAAAAGAUUCGAACAUGUUACCACAGGUACUUGAAUUUGAAUGGCGAAACACUAGCUUGGAUGAUGGCCCUAGACGCUUGUUUCUUGAUUGAAUUCCUCCAAAUCUAUGUCCACAAAGAAGAAGGUGGAAUGUUAUCCAGAGUUCCUUCAAGAAUGUCUCGUUUGCUUGAUUAUGGAAAGAGGAAAUCUGGUCAUAAUUCAAUUCUCAGAGAUAUAAUUAUGCUCGAGAAUCAAAUCCCAUUGUUUAUAUUAAGGAAGGUUCUCGAAUUUCAAUUCUCAUCGACAGAAUUGGCUGAUUCUAUGCUGGUUUCUAUGUUGAUGGGAUUGUAUAAAGAGGUCUAUCCUUUCAAGACAGAUGAAGAGUUUCCAUUGGCGCCGAAGGUUUCUGAGUAUGCCCAUUUGCUAGAUUUCUUGUACCACAUUAUCGUGCCCAAAAUGGAAGAAUCUCUUGAGAUAAUUGAAGAAGUAGAAGAUCAUUCUCUGGCCAAGGAAGACACAGAAGAGUAUUCAGUUGACCCAAGUAUCAUAAAACAGCUCCUGAAUGAGAUUUGGAAACUGCUUUUAAAACUACACGGAGGGCCAGUGCGUUUUAUCCAAAAAAUUCUCCUGUCAAAACCUCUUAUCGUCUUACUUAAACUGCCUUGGAGAAUCCUGUCUAACCUCACUGGGUUUGCAUUCCUAAGAAAGCCAAUUGAAGUUACACAAGAAAAUGUCCUCUGUAGCAUUAACAGGCCACCAUUAGUAGAAGAGAUCAUGAUUCCUUCUGUCACUCAGCUCUCUAAAUCUGGUGUCCGAUUCCGACCCACCAAAGGCAACCUCUCUACCAUUACUUUCAACACAGAAACAUCAACUCUUUACAUCCCCACAAUUAUCUUGGACAUAAAUACAGAGGUUAUCUUGAGAAACUUGGUAGCAUAUGAAGCAUCAAUAGUCUCAGAUGGAGUGGUUUUUACACGGUACACUGAAUUUAUGAACGGAAUAAUUAAUACCAAGGAGGACGUGCAAUUGCUCAGAGAAAGAGGCAUUAUCUUGAACCAUUUGAAGAACGAUGAAGAAGUUGCCAAUAUGUGGAAUGGAAUGAACACAUCUAUUAGGUUGACAAAAGUUCCAUUCAUAGAUAAGGUAAUUGAUGAUGUUAACAAGUAUCACAACAGCAGAUGGAAGGUGAAGGCUGGAAAAUUCAUGAAGAAGUAUGUGUUUGGUUCCUGGGAAAUUAUCACAUUUUUAGCUGCCAUUUUCCUCUUGCUCUUGUUGACACUGCAAGCUUUCUGCUCCGUUUAUAAUUGUUCUCGCAUAUUUCAUAUUAAGAGUCUUUGA